AUGAACCUCUCAUUGGUGAAAGAACUGUUGCAGCGUGAUGACCUGAAUCACUUGCUGAAGCAAAUCCUGAACAACGGACAAAGAAAUCUGAUCACCAUCCAUCAUGCUACAGAGAAGAUACACCAUGUCCUCAAAAGAGUGAAGAAAGAUGGGGAACAUCACCGGAAGCUGCGUGCCCGCAAAGGCGAGCUGCUGGAUGGACCCGACCCGGCAGCAGACAAACUGCAUCAAAAUGGCCGCUGUGGCACCUGGGCACCCCGCAGUCGCUGCCGUGCGACCGGGCUUCCGACGAGGUGCUCCAGCGUGUUUGGUGCUCGCAGAACUCCGCACGACAGGUUCAGUAAAACUACAAAUAAGAAGUCAACCCAAACUCCAAAACUAUAUUCUCUUCCUGUACCUGCGUUUGAAGCUACCAUUCUGGAUUUCCGAAAGUCACAGAGUUUGGGAAGCAGCGAGGAAGAUACUUCUGCAGAAAGUAGAGCUUCAUCAAAAACUCUGGAUGAAACAGUAGCCAGCUUAAUUCCGUCUUCAUUUGAUGGUAGAGGUGGUGUUGAAAUAAAUGAAUUUCUAAUGGUUGUGCCUCAUGAUAUUUUUCAGCAGUCAGAAACAAAGAAUGAUGCUAGUGAAACUGAGCCUGAAGAAGGGUCAGAAAAGAAGAAAAAAAAGAAGAAAAAGAAGAAAAAAACAAAGUCACCCACUGAUGUAGAGAAACCUCAGAAUGAAUCUACUACAAUACAGGAACCACCAAGGAUUGAGGAUGCUGAGGAGUUUCCUGAUCUGACAGCAGCUUCUGAUAGGAGAAACAGGCUAGGAACUCAGAAAUCAUCAUUUACUCCUGCUGUUAGAAAGCAGUCUGAAAUCCAUCUCCCUGAAGAGCCUUGGGAUAGUCGGUCUCCCACACUGGAUGGAACUCCCAAGGUGGAUGGACAGUCAGGGAAGCAUGCUUCAUCUUCUGUAUUAGAAAGAAAGAAGACGCAGGAAACAUCCAGGAGCAGUGGUAAGAAGAGUCAAAUUCCUGUGCAAUUGGAUUUGGGCGGCAUGCUGGCAGUCUUGGAGCAGAAGCAGCAAACAGAGAAGUCAAAACAGUCUUCUAAACCUGUGGUGUUUUCAGUUGGUGGUGCCAUACCAUUGCUUUCUAAAGAACCUGCUACAGCCACAAAAAGCCACCGGUUAAACCAAGGAAAGAUGCCUCAUAACCCUUUGGAUUCCAGCGCUCCUUUGGUAAAGAAAGGGAAACAGAGAGAAGUCCCUAAAGCAAAGAGACCAACACCUCUUAAAAAGAUUAUUCUGAAAGAAAGAGAACAACGUAAACAGCAACACCUAUUACAACAGACAGCAGUACCAAAAGAUGAAGAUAAUAUUUGUCAGUCUGCAGAAAAUAUUACUGAAGAUGAAACGCUUCUACAGGGUAGUCAAGCAGCUGUUCCUGUAAUACAAGCUGCUGAAGGGUUUCCGGCAAACACAGGGAUCAAGGAAACUACAGAUGGCUCUGUGACUUCAAAGCAGCUAACCUCGAAUCUUCCAAAAAUCCAUAGUAGGAAAUUUAGAGAUUAUUGCAGCCAGGUACUGAGUAAAGAAGUUGACAGUUGUGUGACAGAUCUCUUGAAAGAACUGGUUCGUUUCCAAGAUCGCUUGUAUCAGAAAGACCCGGUGAAGGCCAAGAUAAAACGCAGGCUUGUUAUGGGCCUUAGAGAAGUUUUGAAACAUCUGAAGCUGAAAAAACUGAAGUGUGUCAUCAUCUCUCCUAACUGUGAAAAGAUUCAGUCAAAGGGUGGGCUGGAUGAGACUCUACACAACAUUAUCGACUGUGCCUGUGAACAGAAUAUCCCGUUUGUUUUUGCCCUGAAUCGCAAGGCCCUAGGCCGCUGUGUGAACAAAGCGGUGCCUGUGAGCGUGGUGGGAAUUUUUAGCUAUGAUGGGGCUCAGGACCAUUUUCAUAGAAUGGUACAACUGACAACAGAGGCCAGGAAGGCCUACAAAGAUAUGAUAGCGGCUUUAGAGGAAGAAGCUAAAGGUGGAGUAAGAGAAAUCCAAUCCAGCAUCUUAACGACUGAAUAUGAAAAAAAUGGCUUAUCAGAAACUGGUAAAACAUCUUCUAAGGACUCUGAUGAGGAUGUACCAAAUUAUAUUAAAAUCUGGAAGAGAAAACUUGAAGAAGAGUAUAACCCAUAUGCACUGGAACUGGAAAGGAGUGCAGCUGCUGACAUGGUGAUAAAGAAUUCAGAAGAACAUCAGUAA